AACAAAUCUUCCCUGAUUUGCAUAUCUAGGUCAAGCACAAGCCUCAGUAUAAAACAUUAACUUUUGUAUUAAACUCAAAAAUACAUAGGAGUAUUACGGGAAACUGAUUUUCAAGCUGCAUUUGCAAUGAAUCACAUAUGUUUUUCUUAAUUAUAUUUGAAUAUAAAAAUUAAAAAGAUACGAGAAUGCGGUUGUAAUUCAAGUUGCUCGCUUUGCUCAAGUAGAGCUAGCAAACUAUUGCAACAGUUGCGCACACGGUAAGAAAAGUAAAAAUUGUGUUUUCAUUUUUCUCUGGCUUGUCUUUUGGGGAUACAUAGCCUUAUCACAAGGAGGAUACUUUUACGAAAUGGUCCCAUUGGCCAGAGGAACUCGUAUCAUCAGCAGCUGACACACACAAUGGCAACUUAUAACAUGGCAUCUAAUGAUCCUCCUGGGAAUAACUCACCCUCCUUACCGAGAGGACUUAUUGGCAGAAGGGGAGCUCCUGCAGCCAAAGGAGGAAGGCUACCCUCCAUGCGGACCCCAAGAGAUCUAACUCUAGGAGGCUACCAAAAGAAGACAUUUACUCCAAAUAUCCCUGCAAGGAGAGCGAAACCAGCAGAAGGAGCUGCUGGUGAGUCUAGUAAUAAUGCUACCAAUACCCAGAAGACACCUAGGGGACGUGGGCCAAGGGGCAGAGGUGAAAGAGGGCGUGGUAGAGGAAGACGAGAGCCUGAUGUUAUCCAAUCACAUUCCAUCUUUGAGCAAGGUCCAUCGGAGAAACUUAAUAUAAACAAAUCAUCGGCAUCUUAUAGCUAUGGGGGAGGAGGUGAUGGCG